GUGCGCAGCGCCGCUUGCAGGAGUCAACUCCGCUGGUGCACGCUGUCUUCGACAGUUUGACGUGCGGACUUCUCCAAGUUGGAAGUGCGAGAUCAACCGCAACUUUAUCUGCUUUCACUGCAACGCAAACAGGUUCAAAAGGUUCAUCAUGGGAGCUCGCUUCAGCAAAGCGCGAGAAGCCCCAGCCACUCCUGCUGAAACUGCUGUCCCUGAACAGAAAGCUGCAGCAGAGCCAGCUGCCACACAGCCAGCCGGAGACUCUGGACCACCACAGACUCAGGAGGCUGUCAAGACAGAAAAUCCUGAGGUGGUGUUGGGGGAGGCAGUGACAGUGAAGGCGUGUUUACCCAAUGAAGAAUGUGUUGCGGAGUGCAAACCUCCAGAGGCUCCUGCUGCCUCAGACCCACUAACUGAUGCUGAGCCAGAGGCUGUGGCAAAGGAAACCCCAGCUCCAGUCCAGCCUGAGCCUGUGGUCUCAGUCAGCAAACCUGAACCUGUUGCUGAAGCUCAGCUUGCUCCAGAACCUGUUCCCGAACCAGAGCCUGUGUCCGAACCCGAGCCAGUUCCCGAACCAGAGGCAGAAGUCGAGACAGUCCCUGAACCCAUCUCAGAAUCAGUGCCAGCCCUAGCUGAAGCUCUGGAGCAGCAGAUAGACCUGCUUAACCAAGAGUCCCUCCCUGAGCCUCUGGUCGACCUUGGUGUCCCUGAUGUAACUCCCCCAGCUGCUGACAUUGCUGCCCCAGUCAUUGCCGACGAGCCCUUAGACAUCCCAAUGGCCGAGGCAUGCCUCGAGAGUGCUGAGGUUUCCGUGAUUCCUGCAUUUGAGCUGGAAAGGAGCGAGGAAACACCCGAAUCUGUGGAGAACCUGAUAGAGGUGGAGGCUGGCGGCAACUUGGAGCAGCUUGUGACCGACGUCAACGAGGAAGAUGUCCGUGGACUGCUGAAGAACUUAGAGCUGAAAGGAAAUGACCUUGUCGCUGACCUCAUUCCCACCGAUGACAAGAUCCCCGAUGGCGUGAGCGCAUCCACUGAGCUGAUGUGAAACCGUGGAAGAGGAUGCAUUAAAGAAGUGAACGGAUAUUGUUCUGUGAAACCCUCUUAACCCCUUACAUGCAUUCUGAAAGAAUCACAGGUGCAAUGUUUUCUCUUUCUCACUUAAGUGGCCAAAUAAAGGCAAAACAACUCUUUUUCUCUUUCCAAAUCAAAUGUGCCAAAAGAAGAAAAAAAAGGGUGUGUUGGUGGGGGUUUAACAGCACAUGGGGUUAUGAGUGUACUUAAGUGUAUUGCUGGACAACGGAGAUCUUCCUCUAUGCAAAUUCACCAAGUGAGAAUUUAAAUGCAUUUCUUUGAGAGACUUGAAGAAAACAAAGCCAUUGCUAUGUAACAACUCCCUACAGAAAAAAGGUUGAAGUAUGGUGUUGAUCGAGUACAAAAGGGGAAAAGCAAAAGCUUUUUGGUGGAUGUGUAAGUCGGCAGGGGACAGAGGCAAUGCAACCAAAGACGGAGACAGUACAUGCAUACCGCUAUACAGCAACAAACAAGUGUCCAAUAAACAUUUAUGCCUUAACAUUGUCAUGGACUUUGUAAUAUUCCUUAUCUUUAUUGUAUUUUCAAUACAGUUAUGGGAUUUGUUAACCCAAGUAGUGGCUUGCUUGUGAAAAUAAAAAUAUUAUUCUCCAUG